AUGGUUCUAUCUUCUCAGGUGAACGUCACCGAGGGGAACAUCGCCGUCUGCUUCAAAGAUCACUACAGACCAGGAGGAACCGGGAACGACUGCUUCCUGACGGCUCAGAGAGGAUCGUCCGCCGGUCGCUGGUCCGCUCAGGACUCGGUGGAAUCGGCGGGUUCCGAUUACCACCAGAACCUUCCUCAGAUCAAAGCUGCUUCAGGAUGUUCCUUCAACCUGCAGCUCGGAGACCAGACGAAUCCCGCUAAGAUAAACAUCACGUUCCGCAAAUUUGGCACCCAGUCGGCUGCACAGCUGGUUCUGGAUGAAGGGAACCGGACCGCGCUGCAGGCCGACGUGCAGGUCGAAGGAGAGGUUGUGCGUCGAUGGAAUGGAUCUGGCUAUUACCUGGACACCAGCGGCUGCAGACGCUCCGGUGUGUUCUAUGAACCGGGAACAGCUGCGUGCGACUCUGAAGCCUCCUCCAUCACCUGUGAUGCGACGUCUGUCCUCAGCACCGCCGCCUGUGGCCCCGGAGAGCGUUGUCACGGCAACGGACAGUGCACCUGGAUGGCCACCUGCACCGCCACCGCCUCCACCGUCAUCGACCUCCACGGCAACGUCACCUCCGUCCCCGACCGCUGCGCCUACACGCUGCUGGCCGAGGCCGGAGUCCAGGUGCUCGCCGUUUUCCGGGAACGUCGCCGCUUAGACGUCAGUUUCUUGGACCGAGUGAUCCUCCGUCUGGACGAGCAGAACGUUGACAUCCAGCUGGGGCAAGGAGGCCGGGUUCAGCUCAACGACACCGAUCUGAUCCUGAACGGUUCGCCUCUGCAGCGUCACGGCGUCGAGCUGCUGAAGGACCGGACCGGAGUCGCUGCUAAGAUCCUGUCCUCCUCCUUCAACACCUCGGUGUUCUUCGACGGCUACACGGCUCAGAUCCACGUGAUGGGAUCAGGUGACAGACCUCUGCAGGGUUUAUGUGGAAACUCCAGCAGAGCUCUGAGUGAGCUGAGGCUCUACGAGUUCAACUCCUCCAGCUGUGAGACGAAGCAUCAAGAACCUGACGACCGAAGCAUCAGCUGCACUGCAGUAACCGAACGCUGCAACCUCCUGAAGGAGGCGCCCUUCGCCGCCUGCCACAACCUCACCGACCCUGAGCCCUUCGUCACCGCCUGCAUCAACACUCUGUGCAAAUAUCCAGCGGUGGACGAUCUGAGGUGCCAGUUCCACGAAGCCUACGCCAGAACCUGCAGCCUGCACAGCAACAGAACCCUGCAGGGCUGGAGGUCCGAGGCCCGGUGCUCGUCUCCUCAGGCCUUCUGUCAGGACACCUUCUGCAGCGAUCACGAGUUCUGCGCCAAAAACAUCGGCGGCGAAACCAGCUGCUUCUGUCGAGCCACUUUUGCCUCCAAAUACAGAUCUGCAAACACUUUGGGCGAGCCGACGGUCUGCGGACAGAACGCUGCUUCGGUUUCUCUGGUCGGCUGUCUGCUGGAAGAAAAAGGCAUCGAUUACUCUGAAUUGCACCUGAACAACCAGAGCUGCACCGGUCAGAGGGACGACCAGACCCACAUGGUGACCUUCACCUUCGACAGGACCAACACCUGCGGGACGGUGGUCAUGGCCAACAACAGCCAAAUCAUUUACAAGAACACCAUCAAGACGCCGAACGCCUCCUCGCCUGACGCCAUCGUCCGCCACGAACCCGUCAAGAUCGACUUCUCCUGCUUCUACAGCCAGCCGGACAUCAAGAGCAUGGCCUUCAGGAUCAAGGACAGCUCGGUGAUCCAGCAGAUCGUAUCCGGGUCCUGGAGCUACACCCUGAACAUGACGGCCUUCACCGACGCCGGCCGGACGCACAAGAUCACAUCGAGCACCGAGGUCCGGCUGGAGCAAACGGUCUGGGUGGAGCUGAAGACGACCGGGCUGGAGGAGGGACUGGUCGCCGUGGUGACGGACUCCUGCUGGGCGACCAGCGAGCCGUCGGCCAACGGGAGCCUGAGAUACGACCUGAUCAUCGCAGGCUGUGCCAACCCUGCAGACGAGACGGUUCAGGUGGAGGCCAACGGACGGGGAACCUCCAACCACUUCUCCUUCAAGAUGUUCCAGUUCUCGGGGCACAGCGGCGACAUCUACCUGCACUGCAAAGUCAAGCUGUGCGUGAACAAGAGCGGCAGCUGCUCUCCGAGCUGCGGAAAAUCCAGCAGAGGACGUCGAUCAGCCGAACUGGAACCUGAGGACAGAAACCCAGCCGUCAUCACCAUGAGCUGGAGCGACUAGGUCGUCUCCAUGUGAGUCGGACUGGUCUGCAGGCGGUGGAGCUCCAGACUUCAUCCUGAUGAAGAACCUGAACGGACGGACGUCAUCGGAACAGAUGAGCUCACAGACACAGUUAAUAAGUAAACACGAAUCUACAGAAUCACGUUUUAUUCUAUUAAAUAUCAUUCAGUUCUGAUGUUAGAAUGGAGGAAUGGUUAAUAAUAACCAAAGGAGGUGAUUUUUUCCUAGUUUUAGUUACUAAAACACUCAUUAAUGAGGGUUUCCUUUUCUUUGCUCUGUUGAUUUUCACAUAAAAUGAACAAAAUCAGCCUUUUUUCUAAAUUCAAUCCAAAUGAAGAAACUGAAACAAGAGGCUCAGUCAGAAGUCCUCCACUGCUUUCAUACGUAAGAUCAGACACUAACGAACAAGGAUGAAAUCUGAGCGUGGAAGUCUUUCUUCAUUGGGUAUUCUGACCAGGCUCAUUACUAUUAAGACACACUGGGCAGCUGGUUCAGGGUCCAAGAAGCAGUUUUACAGAACAUCUAGAAAACCUUCAGCUGUCCAAUCAGGAAGAAGCUCGUUUACUCAGGAAUGUGGGUUUAUUAACGGAGGAGGAUCCCUGUGCAGCUGAAGGAAGGUUGAAAUAUGGAAUAUAAAUCUGCUGAAUGUGUGUCCUGUUGAAUGAUCAAUGUGACUUUUUGUUUGUUUAAGCAUCGCAAAGACCAAAAAAAUAAACCAAACCGGGGCUUGUGGGUAAAAGACAAACCUGAGCUUGUGUGUCAUGAUGCGUCAGCCUCGUUUUCUCCUCUUAGCUUCUGAACACUUCUGAACUUGAGCAUCAGUCUGAACAGAG